AUGGCUAGUAAAGAGCUGGCUGAACUCUGCGAGGUCAUCCUGCAAGACACCUAUGGUGAACUUGCCUCGUCCAUUGUCGCUAUAUUGUUCGCUCAUGGUCGAUUAACUGCUUCUCAAAUCUCCAAGAAUACAAAGAUACCCCUUGCUGCUGUACAAAGAACGUUGGUGGCCUUGAUUCAGAACCGAUUUGUCUUGUACUGGCAGGAUCUUGAAGGAUCGAAGAACGUGUACUAUUAUGCUAAUUGGCAACAAUGCUACUCAAUUUUAUGGACUGGUCAAAUCAUCACAACUGUUAAUAAGAUGUUUUCAGAGAAUCUUAAUACCAGCUCUCAAGCAUCUAAAGCUGCUGAAGUGGUAAAGAACAUGCAUAUAUUUGGACAUAUGAAAGUGCAGGACUACCUGGAUGCACAUUCGCCUGAAGAUUCGAACGAGAUUUCAUCUGUGAUGACUAGUCUUGUUAAACAGAAAAUCCUGACCCCGUUGUAUGAUUUUGAAUUUCACCCUAUUGAGGAUAUUUUUGGACAGCUAUAUCAGAAACACUACAAAUUAAUUAACGCAGACAGAAGUGGGCCUCAAAGUGAAAUAGCUAAAAAAGGCGCUGCAACAAUCGCUGCUGAAACAGAUAAAAGUGCUUUGUUGACUCGUAAAGAUGAGGCCAAUAUCGGCCUGAUAAAAGUCGAGACGGCGUCUAAAAAUGGAGGGGCUAAUCGAGCUCGAAAGAUCAUAGGUUCUAGACGAAACGCAUCAGCUGAGAAUGAAUCCUGGACUGUAGAUAAGGAUAUCGUUUUGUCUGUUAACCACGAAAAAUAUUUAUUACUAGCAAGGAAUAAUGACCUUGUGAAACUAGCAUCCAAACGUGUCGGUAAAGUCACUGGACAAGUGUAUAAACGACUAUUAGCAUGUUACGAAUCCAAAAUUUCAAGGUGUAAUCAGGAAAUCCAGCCCGGCGUUGACUUUAACAUUUCUACCAUGGAGGUUGCCAAGGGUAUAGAUAGCCAGCUGGACGUCCAGGGGUCAAUAGUUAUGCCUUCCAAUAAGAGGAAGGUAAAGCAAGAGGUUGAUGAUGGCGGCCGUCUGAGAAAAAAGACAAGAUUGGAUGGUGAUCUAAAUGGAGGUCUAGAUGAUGAUGUUGGUGAUGACGAUGAUGAUUUGCUCGAUGAUGAUGACGCAUAUGAUGAUGAUGGUCAUAGUGAUAUGAACGGAAGCACUAAUGGUAGCGGUUCAGUUAACGGUAAGACGUCAGUUGAGGCUACCAACCGUCAUUUAGAGCUUCUAGCAGACUCACCAAUCCGUUUUGUUCGGAAAGUUGGCAAUCGUGGCGGUGGUGAAUGGUUUGUUCCAUUUAACGAACUUGUCCAGGAUCUUAAACGUGUCACAUAUGAAGAUAUCAUUACUCGUAAAUAUGGACCGGUUGCAACCAGACUGUUACGAGUUAUUCGAGAGAAGGGCAAAGUGGACGAAAAGUUAUUAUCUCAGAUUACUUUACUACAAUCUAAAGAUAUCUGCAGUCAUCUCACUGACUUGCAAGGUAUAGGAUGCUUGAACCUCCAGGAAGUCCCAAAAACGAAUGACCGUGCUCCUGGUAGAAACUUUUAUCUUUGGUUUCACAAGCCUACUCGAGCCUACUCACUUCUAGUCCAAGACCUAUACAAGACCAUGAACAGGCUCUAUACUAGGUUAGGAUCAGAGCGAAAGACUUCGUCGAUCCUGCUUGCUAAACUUGAGCGAGAAGACGUCAAGGGCAAUGAGGAGACGUAUCUUUCUGCCCAAGAAAAGAGAGAGCUUGCCGAACUUCGACGAGCCGAAGAGAAGCUUCUUGUGCAGCUCUUCCGUGUCGAAGGAUUAGUGCGGAUCUUUAGAGAUUAUUAA